AUGGACUUCUACCUUCGAUGCAAUGCUCUAAAAUGUCGUUCCCAAUUGAAGGAGCAAGCAGUCGUCACCACCUGUUCGCAUAUAUUUUGUCUUCCCUGCGCAGAUACUCUCGGUCUCUCGCGUCCCACCCACGGCGAGCGUCGCUGUCCAGCUUGCCAAACCGUGCUCGUGAAUCCGGACGACGCCGCAUCGACCGUCCUCAAUCCCUCUGAAGACUAUAAAACUAGCGUACUGAGUGGACUAGAUCCGAACACAAUUAUGGAAUGCGCUAGUCGAGCAUUAGUAUUCUGGGCUUAUCAGACCACGCAGGAGAUAUUCUACCAGGAGUAUCUUGGAAAGUCGCUUACGGAGAAAUACUCAACGCUGAAUACACAUAUGGACAGGGUGAUUCAUAAUGCAAAUACGGAGAUAUCAGCUCUUCAGGCCAAAUUGAACGACAUGCAAACAACAGAAGAGCAGCUUCGCAAAAAGAACCAGGAGCUUGUCGAUCUCUACCGAGAAAAGUGCAAGAAGUUCGCUCAGAUCACCAACCUGUACAACCUACUCAAGUCUCGUGCUAUGAGGUCGCAAAUGAAGACCGCUGCGUCGGACACUGUCUCACAAACUUUGAAUUUGCUCGGUAACUCGGGAAACGAGCCCUCAGUAUCAGGCUUGAGCAGACCGAUGGGUGUGUCGCGGCCGCCAGAAACUCCGGCAUCUCGUCAGGGCAAUCCGCACCCUGUCAGCCUGGAAGGGGUGGAACAGCUACACCGGCAUCAGCGGAGCGGAACUGGGAGCUCAAAAGGCGCAAAGCAAAAGGUUGAUGCCGCUGCGAUGCCACCGCCCACAGUGCCAGUGAACUUGAGAAACCGUAUGCCCCUCUCCAUCUAUUUCCGGUGA